UAAAAGCACUUAUUCCUGAUAUAAGUAAACAGAAGAAGCAGAAAAAGAAAGAAAAGGAAGUCACAUACAACAUCAAUCUUCAUCCACCAUUCUCUGGAACAACCAGUCAGCGUCCAUGCCUCCAGCUUCAAGAAGGAAAGCAAAACAAGCCAAGAAAUACAAAACUGUGACCAUUCUCAACCACCAUUCUUCCCACUCUGAUCAACUUCAAGGGACAGCUGUUUCACCAAACCACAUCAAGAAAAUGGAAGGAUCUCUCAAUGGAGCAUUACAAGACAGCCACAAAGUAGAAACACAAAUUUUGAGAGAAGAUAAGGAGGUGGUUGUUGAAGUUGAUGAUUCCCAAAAUGGCGAUAUUGCCAUCACUGAUGAAGAGGCACCACCAAAUGAGGAGAAUAAGGAGCUGGUUGACUCAGGCAAAGUUGAAGUGACACAAGAUGUUUCUGAAUCAGUUUGUGAGACUUUUGAGCCUGAUGCUAUGAAAGAUGGUCAAGUUGAGAAUACAAUGGAAUCAGAUGUAGUAGAGUUGGAAUUGAAGGAAGAGGAAGGGAAAGAUUUUCUAUCUGAUCUAGCUGUGGUUAAUGAUGAGGUGAAGGAAACGGAUUUGCCUUCUUCAGAGAGCAAUAAUGAGCUCCUUUCUGUUUCAGGAAAUGAGGGACAAAGAGAAACUGAAGUUGUGGUUGAAACAUUUUUUAAGCACAUGAUGUUUGGUGGAGAGGAGAAGAAUGUUUUGUCUUCAGUUGUGACAGAUAAGUUGCUUAGAGAGAGUGAGGAAGCAAAUGAAGUCUAUGGUGAUUCUUCUUUGCCUCUAACUGAUGUGGCUUCAGAGGAAACUGUGGAGACAAGCGUUCUAAAAUCAGAUGAGAAUGACCAGGUUGCUCCAACCAUAAUUGAGAAAUCAUUGGAUUUUGAGCCAACAUUGGAUGAGAUUGAGGAACCAUCAGGUGGUCAAGAAGAGUCAUCCUAUGAAAGUGCCAAGCAGUCUUUUCAACCAUCACCAAGUGUUCCUGAUGCUGAAAGCACUGAAAAUCCGAACAUUGUUCCUGUGGCUCAAAGGGAAAACACCUCUUGGAAGAGUUGCUGCGGACUCUUUGAGAUUAUGAGGGGUGGUGAUAGAUAAUUCAAGGGCAGAGCAUCGUAGAAGGUUGGACCUUGAGCUAAGGUUACUGAGGCAUUGCACAAUCAUAGGCUGUGACGGUGCCCUUUCAGACAAAAUCUGUUCUGCUUGCAUUCAUUGAGCCUCAAAUUAAGGGGCAUGUUCUGCUUUGCUUUUCUGCUUCGGUCCAGACUCAGAGUGGUUACAUUGUUGCAUUUCAAAAACGACAAAAUGUAUGGUAUGGUACAUUUUAGUUGUGGCAUAUUGUAAACUUCCAUGAACUAGAAUUUAUUAUCAAAAGUUAUUUUACAUUCACCGCGUUA